GUUCUCCAGUGUUCAAAUGGACGCGUUGGCAACGCCGCGUUCAAUGGACGAGCAUAGCCGCAUGUCUACAGUAUUUGCGAGCGUGACGCGGAUAUUUUGACACUAUAGCUCUGCUUAGUGCUCUAUUCACGUCAGGGAUACUCACCGCGGAUGUCAGAAGAAAAAUCAGACGAAGGUCUUGCCGUCCCAAGGGAACAGCAUCGUCACGGUCAAACGGUCGAUGAUGUGCUGUUGGACGAAAUCCUUUCCUCAGUCAAGUUGCCUGGCGGCCGCAGAGUUCCCAAUAGACUUGUGAAGGUAGCGAUGUAUGAGCAUCUCGCAGAUUUCUAUGGAGGACCUCCAAACGAUGCUCAUUUUUCCCUUUACCGUCGUUGGGCGGACGCGAAAUGGGGUAUGAUCAUUACGGGGAAUGUCCAAGUUUGUAAAGAUCACCUAUCUCUUGGUAGAGACAUGGUGGUGCCCACCACUUUGUCGGAGGGAAACAUCCGGCCAUUCAGACAACUUGCAACUGUUAUUCACGGACCCCAACCGCAAGCCCCUUAUGCUCCUUUGGCGAUCAUGCAGCUGUCUCAUUGUGGUAGGCAGUCGGCCAAUGUCAUCGGAGGGAGAACUCCCUUUUCUCCACCGCUUGCCCCGAGUGCUGUCCCUUUACAGCUUUCAUCUAAAAGCGAAGACAUCGGCGUUGUUGGUACUUUGCUGCAUAAAUUGAUGUUUCAGGCACCAGUGGAGAUGUCUCGUAAGGACAUUGACGAAGUAGUUCGUGCCUUUGUAAGAGGCGCCGAACUGGCCGCACGUAGCGGGUUUGAUGGAAUCGAGCUACAUGCUGGUCAUGGAUAUCUUCUAUCUCAGUUCAUGUCGCCGAAGGCCAACCUAAGAACUGAUGAGUGGUCCAUGAAACACGGAGAUCUCUCUCUUCUCCACCAUAUUGUCACUUCCAUCCGAAAGUCUGAAGAUGCCUCAAAUCAUUUAGUAAUAGGCAUCAAACUGAACGCUGCUGACUACGUCAACAAGAAACAAGACAAUGUGACUCUAUCGGAAUCUGACCUUGAGCGCCCCUUGCUCCACGUUAUCGAGAUCGCAAGUUGGGGAAUGGUCGAUUUCAUAGAAGUCAGUGGUGGUGAUUACGAACAUCCAGAUUUCAUGAAUAACAAGGGACCAACCACGUCUCAACGUCAAGCGCUCUUUGCCGACUUCUCGCAACGCGCAAUGCAGGUUCUCGAAGCCAGGGAUCGUGAGCAUCGUCCGCUCAUCCUUCUUACGGGCGGUCUCCGUACACUGGAACUUCUCUCGUCAGCAUUGGCCCAAAGACACGCAGAUCUGCUAGGAAUAGGUCGUAUGUCUGUGAUUUGCCCUGACCUCCCGAAGCGACUGUCAGACCAUCGCAUUCGAGGACAGACUGAUGUCUCACAAUCAGGCAAAAUGCUCUUCCCAGAGAGCUUUGCUUCGAACUCCCUUCGUUUUCGAGUGGAGACAUUCCUCUGCAGUUAUCUGUACUUCGUCUGGGAUCUCAUUCCAACCCCGCUCAGACCACGCUUUCCUAUUCUAAUAGGUGCAGGUGUGGAAAUGGCAAAGUACAUCGUGGCGAUGCGUUCCUUGGCACGUGGAAACAAGCAACCCGGGACCAGCGAAGGUAUCUUUGCCGUCGUAUGGAUGUGGUUGUAUAUCGCUCCCGUGGGAGGCAGCACUUUGGAACGUCGAGUAUACUGGGCUGUGGUGGGAGGAAUGGCAGGAAUUUAUAUAGGCAUAGCGAUGCUAAUCGCCUGGUUCGCCAUCUUCUCGAGCUCUCAAUGACAUCCUCAGUUGUCUGCCACAUACCCAGGGAUACCGUGCUAUGCCUAUCGAGUCACUUGGUAUCAAAUGGAUGUUUCCCGGCUAUUGUACGUUGGAAUGGGACGCUCUUGGACCCGAGUAUGGCGGGGACACACCACAUUUAACCGGCCCUGUCGGGAUUGCUUGCUGAGAGAACAUAUCCCAAUACUCCAAGCACCCCCCAUCUCAUGAGCCCAAGCCCUUUACUUCUCACAGUAACAGUUAGGCUGAUGUCGCCGAUACGACGGGAGUUGCCCUACUCAGUGAUCAUGCAUUUCAUGGAAUUUUCAGCCUAAUGAGAUGCCGACUCAAAGCGUGGGUUGCCCAGUGGAAAUAGUCAGGAUUACACUGAUCCUACUCCCGUUUCUUGAUCCACCGUCACACGCAUGUCAUUUGGAUAUUAAGCAUGGUUUUGUGCCUUGAAGUGUUCUCUAACUUUGUUUCAUCUUACCACCGACAAUACAGCAGAACGAUAAGCACUG